UAGAGAAAUAUGUGGUAGAUGAGGAAAAAACGAAAGAGAGAGGGGGGCGUUCUACCAACAGGGCGCACGUUAGCCGAGUUCCGCUGAUACCUACACUAUAAAACUCAAAACGUUGCCACUAAACCAUUUUUCUUUUCUUUUCUUUUUUCCGAAAAUGGUGGCUGCUUCUUCUGCUUGCUUCACCGCAAUCGCCGCCCCUUCCAAAACCCUAGCAAAGCCCUUAGCCACUGCCAGUGUCGCUUUUUCGAAGCUCAACCUCAAACCGGUUAGGGUUCGGCGAUGCACUGCCAUCAAUGGCGGCGCACUCGGCGCUCGGAUGGUGUCAGCGCCGCCUAUGGCGCCUCCGGCUUUGCUCGAUUUUGACACUUCUGUCUUCAAGAAGGAGAAGAUUAGCCUCGCUGGACACCCAGAGUACAUCGUGAAAGGAGGGAGGGAUUUGUUCCAUUUGUUGCCGGAUGCUUUCAAGGGGAUUAAGCAGAUUGGUGUCAUUGGAUGGGGUUCACAGGGACCUGCUCAGGCCCAGAAUCUACGGGACUCACUUGCUGAAGCAAAGUCUGAUAUUGUGGUUAAGAUUGGACUCAGGAAAGGUUCUCGUUCCUUUAAUGAGGCUCGGGCAGCUGGUUUUAGUGAGGAGAAUGGAACUCUAGGUGACAUAUGGGAAACUAUCUCAGGCAGUGAUCUUGUGUUGCUGCUAAUUUCAGAUUCUGCACAGGCAGAUAAUUAUGAAAAAAUAUUCUCCCACAUGAAGCCAAACAGCAUUCUUGGGCUGUCCCAUGGCUUUCUUCUUGGGCAUUUACAGUCAAUAGGACUUGAUUUUCCAAAACACUUCAGUGUAAUUGCUGCAUGCCCCAAGGGGAUGGGUCCAUCUGUCAGGAGGCUGUAUGUCCAAGGCAAAGAGAUAAAUGGUGCUGGAAUUAAUUCAAGUUUUGCAGUGCACCAGGAUGUGGAUGGCAGGGCUACUGAUGUUGCUCUGGGUUGGUCUGUUGCCCUUGGUUCUCCUUUUACCUUUGCCACUACAUUAGAGAUGGAAUACAGGAGUGACAUCUUUGGGGAGAGAGGCAUUUUGCUUGGUGCUGUUCAUGGAAUUGUGGAAUCCUUGUUUAGGAGGUACACUGAAAAUGGAAUUAGUGAAGAUCUGGCUUAUAAGAACACUGUUGAGUCCAUAACUGGAAUCAUAUCUAAAACCAUCUCAACUAAGGGCAUGUUGGCUGUAUACAACGCUUUAUCUGAAGAUGGAAAAAAAGAAUUUGAGAAAGCAUAUAGUGCUUCAUAUUAUCCCUGCAUGGACAUUUUGUAUGAGUGCUAUGAAGAUAUUGCUAGUGGUAGUGAGAUUCGCAGUGUUGUUUUGGCUGGGCGUCGCUUUCUGGAGAAAGAAGGUCUGCCUGCAUUUCCCAUGGGGAAAAUUGAUCAAACCCGGAUGUGGAAGGUUGGUGAACGUGUCCGAUCUACACGGCCAGCAGGUGAUCUAGGGCCAUUAUAUGCAUUUACUGCUGGUGUCUAUGUGGCAUUGAUGAUGGCCCAGAUCGAGAUCCUGAGGAAGAAAGGGCAUUCCUACUCCGAAAUCAUUAACGAGAGUGUCAUUGAGUCUGUUGAUUCUUUGAAUCCUUUCAUGCAUGCUCGUGGUGUUUCUUUCAUGGUUGAUAACUGUUCUACCACAGCAAGGUUGGGUUCAAGGAAAUGGGCUCCCCGAUUUGAUUACAUCCUAACCCAGCAGGCAUUGGUGGCAGUGGACAGUGGCGCACCUAUCAACCAAGACCUCCUCAGCAACUUCCUGUCAGAUCCAGUGCACGGAGCUAUUGAAGUUUGUGCUGAACUGAGACCUACAAUGGACAUUUCAGUGACAGCAGAUGCAGACUUUGUUCGUCCUGAGUUGCGCCAGUCUAACAAUUAGAACUUGAACCAAAUAUUGCUUUUGUUGAGCCAAUUCCUAUUCAGAAUGUUUAGAAUAGCAUCUUCCUGUUAGUGUGUUUUGUUUACAUGUCUCGGGUAGCGUAUGGAAGUUUGUAUUAUCACUUUGUAGUACUAAGAUUGUACGAAUGUGGAAAGUUGCUUAAUGUCUUAUUUAUGAGUUAAUAAAUUAUGUUCAAAAAUCUUAGGGAUGU